AUGAACACAAUCUCGCUCCUGGUCAAUGGCCGAACUGCCGCAGAGAUUGCGAUGCUUCCGGAGAAGCAGCGAUCGAGCAUCACCACUCUGACCCGGCAGCCUACGAACACUCCUCAGACGCCGCCUCGGAGACCCGGUCACAAUCGCCGUCGGUCCAGUCGAGAUUCCCCAGGGUGGUACAACACCGAAGGGGGCAUGACGCUCGAUGACUUCGCCCAUCGGCUCAACACCACGACUAAGCGAAUCGAACGAUGGCAAGGCGCCUGUGCUCAAAAUGUGGUCAUGGCACUCAUGCGGCCCACUCCAAUCGUUCUCUUUCUCUUCAAUCCGGUCAGCUUGGUUCUUUGGAUGUUGUUUGCUGUUUGGUAUCUUUCCGGUCCCAUAUCAGGUCGAACUGGAUGA